AUGAACGGAGAAGGCACAAUGGGUACGAUCUGCCUCACCGUUUUCAUCCUCCUGCUCCUGAUUUGUUUCUGCCAAUCAGAUGACCAGCUUACAAGCGCAAGGCCACUCUCUCCCGGGGACCUGCUCAUCUCCAAGAAUGGCGUCUUUGCUCUCGGCUUCUUCUCCCCGGUAGGCUCCAACGAGAGCUUGUAUGUUGGGAUUUGGUUCCACGGCAUCCCCAAGCGCAACCGCACCAUAGUGUGGGUUGCCAACCGCGACAACCCAACCACCACCGCUUCAACCCCGACGCUUGCCAUCAGCAACAGCUCUGACCUAGUGCUGUCGGAUUCCAAAGGCCAAACUCUCUGGAGAACACAGAACAUCGUCGCUGCCCACGACAGCGGCGCUUUCCUGGUGCUGCGCGACACGGGGAACCUGGUACUCCAACUGCCUAACACAUCGGUCAUAUGGCAGAGCUUCGAUCACCCGACUGACACCAUCCUCCCAGGAAUGGAGUUCUUGUUGAUCCACAGGGGUCGUGCGGUGGCUCGCCUGAUUUCUUGGAGGAGCCCUGAUGACCCAUCCACCGGAGACUUCUCGUUCGGCCUCGACCCCGUCUCAAACCUCCAGUUGAUCAUUUGGAACGGGGCCAAGAUAUACUGCCGCAUCAGCGUGUGGAACGGCGUACUGGGCGGCAUGUACCCAAGCAGCCCCAGCUCCAUGGUGUACCAGACCAUCGUCAACAAAGGGGAUGAGUUCUACCUUGAGAUUGUGGUCUCCGGCGGCUCACCGUACUCGCGGAUCAUGCUUGACCACACAGGCACCAUGAAGCUCCUGACCUGGGACAGCAAUUCGUCAUCAUGGACAGUGAUCUCUGAGCGCCCCGAAGGCGGCUACGGUCUCUAUGACUCAUGUGGCCCGAAUGGCUACUGCGACUUCACUGAGGCUGCCCCGGCAUGCCACUGCCUCGAGGGCUUCGAGGCUGUAGGUCUCAACUCUUCCAGAGGAUGUCGGAGAACAGAACCGCUGCAGUGCAGCAAGGGAAGUCACUUCGUGGCCCUGCCCGGGAUGAGAGUUCCUGACAAGUUCGUGCUCCUCCGGAACAGAACCUUUGAGCAGUGCGCGGCCGAAUGCAGCUGGAAUUGCUCGUGCACUGCCUAUGCUUACGCCAACUUGAGCAGCGGCAUGGCCGACCAGUCAAGGUGCUUGGUUUGGACGGGGGAGCUUGUCGAUACAUGGAAAAGCAGCAACUAUGGCGAGGUCCUGUACCUCAGGCUUGCCAACCCUCCUGUUAAAACGAAGACCAAUCUAGUAAAGAUUGUACUCCCGAUUACAGCAUGCCUGCUGCUCCCCAUAUGCAUAGCCCUUGUCUGCAUAUACAAAUUCAAAGCAGGUAAAUGGCGAAAAGAGGAAAUUCAGAAGAAACUGAUGCUAGGAUACUUGGGCACCUCCAAUGAACUUGGAGACAAAAAUGUAGAAUUUCCAUUUGUUAGCUUCGAUGACAUUGUUGCUGCAACUGACAAUUUCUCUGACUGCCAUAUGCUUGGAAGAGGAGGCUUUGGCAAAGUUUACAAGAAGGAUGCAAUCAUGCAGGGAAUGUUGAAAGGUGGCAAGGAAGUUGCUGUCAAAAGGCUUAGUCAAGGUUCCGGGCAAGGUAUUGAUGAAUUCAGAAACGAAGUAGUUCUACUUGUCAAACUACAGCACAGAAACCUAGUUAGACUACUUGGUUGCUGUAUUCAUGGAGAAGAGAAGUUACUGAUCUACGAAUACUUGCCCAACAAAAGCCUGGAUGCCUUCCUUUUUGACAAUUCAAGAAAACAUGUGCUCGAUUGGCCAACACGGUUCAAAAUAGUUAAAGGAGUAGCAAGAGGCCUUCUAUAUCUCCACCAAGAUUCAAGAUUAACAAUAAUUCAUAGAGAUCUUAAAGCAAGUAACAUCCUGUUGGACACAGAAAUGAGUCCCAAAAUAUCUGAUUUCGGUAUGGCAAGAAUCUUUGGUGGAAACCAGCAACUAGCAAACACUACCCGUGUUGUUGGGACAUAUGGUUACAUGUCUCCUGAAUAUGUGACGAGUGGUGCAUUUUCUGUCAAAUCGGACACAUAUAGCUUUGGUGUUCUUCUUUUGGAGAUUGUAAGUGGCUUGAAGAUCAUCUCAACUCAAUUCAUAACGGACUUCCCAAACCUUAUAGCUUAUGCAUGGACAUUAUGGGAAGAUGGAAAUGCAAUGGAAUUGGUGGACUCAUCAGUUGCUGAAAAUUGUCCGGCCCAUGAAGUUUUGCGGUGCAUUCAUGUAGGACUUUUGUGUGUCCAAGACAAUCCAAAUGCAAGGCCACUCAUGUCAUCAGUUGUGUUUAUGUUAGAGAAUGAAACAACAUUGCUUCCAGCACCGAAGGAGCCUGUGUAUUUUGCACAGAGGAAUAAUGAAACAGAAGAAACAAGGAGAAACAAGGAAGGUUCUCUGAAUGCAUUGAUCAUCACAACACUAGAGGGACGCUAGAUGUUUAACACCAACCUUUACUAUGUAAAUGUUCAAGUCUUUGACAAACUGUGUAGGGUUAAGUGAAUUUCAGCAUAGGUGAUUGUGACAUAUGUGAA